AUGGCCACGGUUCUUCCGUACCAUGGUGUCACCUACCGCCAAAAUCCAGCGUUCUACUCAAGGCCUCAUUACCUAGAACAAAUGAGUGCAAAGCUUGAUCCUGAUACCCCUGAAGGACUGAAAAGCUUUGCUCUGGUUGGUUUUGGGGGCUGUGGCAAGACACAGCUGGCGAUCGAGUACGCUCACAAAACCAAUUCCUAUGACGCCAUUCUUUGGUGCGCGGCAGAAAAUAGCCUGCGACUUUCCGAAUCGUUCACAAUUCAUGCAAGGGCAUUGGAUCUCAUCAAAGGCGACGACGUACCAAAACUAGACCGCGUAAUAACCCUAGUUAAGCAGCGACUUCUCUCACUGAGCGCUAAAGAGAAACCGAGCAGGUGGUUGAUAAUUUUUGAUAAUAUGGAAGUAUUUGAUGGUCUGUCAUCGUUCUGGCCCAGUGGUUUAUCAGGUUCAAUUCUGGUUACCACACGAAACAAGACCCUAGCGAAAGAGUUUACUAAAUUCCAGGUUUCAGUGGCACCAUUUUCGCCACUAGAUGCACGUUUGUUCUUACUGCAAUACAGGGCAAACGACACCAAAAACACUUCUCAAGAAGAUGAUGCCACGAAGAUCAUUAGUCAAAGACUUGGAAAUCUUCCCUUAGCACUGGACCUCGUGAGACACCAUGUGUCGGCGAGUGGAAGCUCUUACACAGAGUUCCUCACAGGAUACGGGGAGCCCAGUGAACCGCUUUUAUAUGACAAGUUUGGCUCGACGUGGAAGAAUGAGUGGUAUCAUCAAAACAUCCUUGCAACUUACACGCUCCGAUUACAAAAGAUGAGCCAGAAAGCUGUCGAGAUGGUUCAUGUGCUGGCUAUUUUGGACGCCUCGUGCAUUCCACUGUCGAUAUUCAGACCAGAUGAGGAAGACAUGCUGUACAAUGGCCCGGAUGUUGAGGAUGAGCUGCCUGAACUCCAAGAUUGGCUUAAAAGCCCAGUAGAGGAUACAUACGAGCUUGACACAGUGGUGUCGGAAUUGAUGGAUGGCUCUCUGGUCGAUCGCAACGUUGGUUCGGGCAGCCUGAGUUUGCACCGCAUCUUACAAGACUCGGUAGCACAUUCUUUCGAUACAUCUACAAGAUCUAAGUCUUUCAACAGAGUGUUGUUCUUUCUCAAUGGCUGCUUCCCAGUACAGCAAGAUGGAGGCCAACUGUUUGAGUGGUGGUGUCAGUGCGAGGAAUACGUUCCUCAUAUAGUUUCUGCUGUCCGAUUCUAUAAGAAGUAUCGCCACCACUUGGGCCCACCAAUUAUUCUUGCAGAGAUCAUUCGUCGAUGUGCAUGGUACUUAUGGGAGAAACAUCAAUUUGAAGAAGGCAAAAGCCUUGUCCGAGAUGCUGUGGCAAUCUGCAAAGAAGCUAAUAAAUCCGGUGCAUCACUGGGAUUCACUCUUGAAAGAUACAUCCCUCGUUUGCUCUCUGAUUUGUACAACGUCAUGGGCGCGUUGGAGUACGAGUCUCACACCGAGGGCCAUGGAUUGAAAUGGGCCUUGAAAGCACGGAGUAUUCGACAAGAACUGUGUUUGACACUACGGCUUGAGGACGAUGAGUUUAUGCUUCAAGUCGUUCAGAACAACAUUGCAACUGAUAUGUUAGCAAAUGGUCAACCGCAGGAAGCAUUGCCGUUGUUAGAGGCCAUUCACGAAUACGACAUAUCCACGGGUGGGAUCAAUCCGGAUAAUUUUUACAGAACUCUUAACCUAUCGAUAUGCUAUCAACAACUGGGGAAGUAUUUCAAGGCAAUGAAUUGUUCGAACAUGGCAAUUGAAGUGAUCCGAGAGCAUGUUGGCGAGGACACCGUGGCAAUGGCAACCGCCAGAUUCUACCGCGGUAAUUUACUUCUAUACAUGGGAGAUCGAGUUGGUGCAUUCGAAACCUUCUCUAGAUGCUUCCUCACUCGCCAGAAGCUUAUGCCGACUCAUUACGACACGGCCUUCGCGGCACACAAAUUGGGAGCCAUGGCUGCAGAGAAUGGAGACUUAAACGCGUCCAUCCAAUUCUUGACCCAAGCAUUUCAGAUUUUUGGCGAUACAGGUCCCCUAAGCCUUGCCGCGGCGCGAACGGCGUUUCUCUUGAGCACAGGUUUACUCCACAGCAACCAGAACCAUGCCGCUGGACUCCUGCGCAAUAGAGUCAACCAGGCUCUUGAGGCUGCAGGAAAGCUUGCCUAUGCUGAGGCAGCCAGUUACUCCCAGGAAUUCUUCGAUUCAUUUGUUCUUUUCCGACAUUUGUAG